CGUAAAAUUCUGUCGAUUCGUAUGUGUCACUUCAAGUGAGUGAUGCUGAGAGUGAUUGCUUAAUUGAUUUCGUCGCGUCGACGCGCUGUCACGAUUUCGCGUGCGCACGGACCUCGUUCUCCACCUUUCGGCGCCAUCACCGUAGCAAUACAACGCCAUCUAAACAAACUCUUGCGCCCGAAGCCCUCUUUCUCUCUUGCCAGUAAAAUCUGUCGCAUUGUUCAUUCUGAACAAAAUCCGCAUCCAUCAUGUCAGAAGAGACCCCGAUCGUGCUUGAUACCCCCGAACCCCCAGCCACAGGCGCAGAAGAACUACCCCGGACGAAAGAGAAACUGGAGGAGAUCACCAGGGCUGCCUCGCUUCAAUAUUCACUCAAGAAUUUUGCUGCUUCCGCAGAUCACUAUGCCGAUGCCGUCGAGAUCCAAGCUGAACUCAAUGGCGAAAUGGCUCCGGAGAACGCCGAGUUGCUUUUCUACUACGGUCGGGCGCUAUACAAGGUCGCAAUCGCAAAGAGCGACGUGUUAGGUGGUAAGGUUGCACAAGAGGAAAAGAAGAAACCGAAAGCCCCGAAAGCGCCCAAAAAGGAUACCAGCGGGCCUUCCAAUGGGGCGGUGAAGGAGGCAGAUGAGAGUACAAAUGUAGAGUCCAAGCCUUUCUUCCAACUCACCGGCGAUGAGAACUGGACCGACUCAGAGGACGAGGAAGAAGAUGGAGAAGGGGAUCAAGAAGAAGAGCAGGACGACUUUGCCGCUGCAUAUGAGGUUUUUGAGAUCUCGCGGGUACUCUACACAAAGCAGCUCGAAGCGCACGACGCGAGCGCAGAUUCGGACAAGGGCAAAGGCAAAGCGGAACUUAAUCCCCAAGCGCGCGCCAUCAAAGAGAAGCUAGCAGACUGUCAUGGUUUCCUCGUGGAGAUCUCCCUCGAAAAUGAGCGAUUCCACGACGCCGUUACCGAUGCUCGAUCAGCCGUCGCCCUGCAGGAGGAGCUGCACCCAAUCGAGCACGAGAACGUGACGGAGGCGCAUUACUCACUUUCCUUGGCUUUAGAGUUUGCGUCUACAUCAAAGGUUUUUGCGGACGGCGAGGAAGCAGAACCACCAAAAGAUGACGCUCCGCCCCCGAUUGAUUGGGAUUUGCGCAAAGAAGCGAGGAAGCACACCGAGUUGGCAGUGGAGGGACUGGAGAAACGCUUGAAGGUCGAAGAGGCAGCCCUCACAUCUGACUCUCUAACGCCAGAGCAAAAGAAAGAGAAAGAAGCUGUCAUCGUAGACAAAAAGGGUCUUCUGGAGGAUCUGAAAACGAGGAUUAAUGACCUCAAAGCCGAUCCUACCCAGCAACCCGUCGAUGGCCUCGAUCCAUCCCUCUUCCAAGGCCUAAUUGGAGGUCUCCUCGGCGCAGACGCUGCAACGCAAAAAGCGAAGCUCGCAGAGGCGAAAUCAGGCGCAAACGAUAUCUCAGGGUUAGUCAAAACCAAGAAGAAGGACCAGGCCCCUGCACUUGUCCCCGCAGCUUCCGCGACCGAUGACGCCAGCGGAAGUGGGAAGCGCAAGCUUGAUGUGGAUGCAGACGGUACGAACGGGAAGCGGGCAAAGACGGAAGAAAUGCAGUGA